GUCUGUCCGCAUUACAGUUUGUAACAGGUGGAUUUCACAGCCAUCAAUUGAAUUAGCUAAGUUCUAGGUACAAAAAGGUCGUUCUUUUGUUGCGUUAGCGAAGGAGAAUAAUACUGUCAACCAGCUUUUGGGACAUGGUCAGACUGUGCAAUCAGUAUUACAACGCAGAUCACUACGGAAGCUCCGCUGCUCAAUCUUCAGCACGUACGUUUCCCAGCAGGCUCACUGCCUAUUGUACACAAUCAUCAUGGCGUCUCAGGAUGGAAAUGAAGCUGUUGUGAUGGAAACAGAAGGCAGUCCCAAGAAAGAGGAGUCAGCCUGUGCAAACCUAGGAGACGGGGAUGCGGAAGCCAACGAGCAAAGCGGCCAGGAGGACGGGGGAAACAGCAGCUCUCAAUGCCAGGCCUCCGUCAGCAACGGGGGCGACACCGACGACGGAAAAGAAACGGUGGAUUUGAAAAUUAUUUGGAACAAAAAUAAGUAUGAUUUGAGAAUCCCUCUCGAUGCCACAGGAGCCAGUUUAAAAGAGAGGAUCCACUCACUCACAGGUCUUCCACCCUCUAUGCAAAAAGUGAUGUACAAGGGUCUCCUGCCUGAGGACAAAACCCUACGCGAAAUUAAAGUAACCAACGGGGCAAAAAUAAUGGUGGUAGGAUCAACAAUUAAUGACGUUUUAGCGGUUAACACGCCUAAAGAAGUCAUUCAACAAGAAGUCAAAGCAGAGGAGAAUAAAAAGGAGCCUCUAUGCCAGCAAAAGCAACACAGAAAAGUGUUAGACAAAGGAAAACCGGAAGACAUAAUGCCCUCUGUAAAAGGAACAAAGGAACGUUUGCCAACAGUGCCUUUAUCCGGAAUGUACAACAAAUCGGGUGGGAAAGUGAGGUUAACGUUUAAACUGGAGCAGGAUCAACUCUGGAUCGGAACCAAGGAGAGAACAGAGAAGCUCCCCAUGGGCUCAAUCAAAAAUGUUGUAACUGAACCUAUUGAAGGACAUGAUGACUAUCACAUGAUGGCAUUUCAGCUUGGUCCAACAGAAGCAUCAUACUAUUGGGUUUACUGGGUUCCUGCGCAGUAUGUUGAUGCAAUCAAAGACACAGUCCUUGGAAAGUGGCAGUACUUUUGAGUGUGCCGUGCGGAGAACUGAGAUUUAAAAAAACCAAAGGACAUUAAGGAGACCAUCCUGAAGAACUUUGACCGUGAAAAAAAACAGAAAAAUUAAAAAAAGAACAAAAUAUACUCUAUUGGAUGCCAGAGGCAAUGCGUUAUCUGUCUUAGGUUUACUUUUCAAACCUUUUAAGUUGCAGUAUCCCUUUUCAUGGGCUUACUUCAUCUUAUCUUUUUAAAGCAAAUCUAAUUUAAACCAGUGAAACAGAUUGAGCACAGUUUACUAACCCUGCAACCAUUCUCAGAAAAUAAAACAAUUGAAGGAAAUAAUACCGCCCGAGAGAAAUGUGUCCGAAUUUUUAAAAGACCAUCGUCUGUUCUUCAUUGAGACAGAGGGCUAUGCAAGAGAUACAAGCAAAGCAUGUUUGGAGCGUGGACUGUAGUGGUUUACCGGUCCUAAAACCUACAGAGCCACCCAGAUCUGUGUAAUUCAUAUUUUUAUUUUUUUUAUAAAAAGACAAAGCAGGUUACGGUAAGAUUCGUAAGGGACAAGGUAAUCUUGCUCAGCCCGGACUUUCUGGAUCUUAAUGAGCUCCUGUUUCUUUACACCCAACCCUGCGGGUUGUAGUCGUCCUAAAUAUUUUUCAUUACAAAGAAUCCGAGAUGUUGCUUUUAGACUGCAGCGGCUGCAUGUCUGUACCCUUCCUCUCCUUUGUCUCCUCAGUGUUUACACACAUUUUUGGGUUUGUAGAUUUACUGUGGUUUUGAAUAUAUGAAAUAUUGAAAUUGCUUGUCAGCAGUGUGAACACAGCACCAUUUUAAUUCAACUAAUUGGGGUUAUUGACUGAUUAAUGAAGCAUUUAGUCAUAAGUGGUUUCACAAAAAAAAAUAUGUUAAAAAGAAUUGUGUUCUCAUUCUUAUUUUGUAUCUGCCAGUAAUAUACCUUGCCAAACACACUGGUCUAGUGUAAUCCGAUCAUCAAUAAAUAUUACUUUCAGUUUCCCUUA